AUGAGCUCAUCUGAUGAAUCAGGAUCAUCAUCCUCAGAAUCUGAAAAGAAAGUAAAGAAGACCCCAGUCAAGAAGCCAAAGAAGGAACCAAAAGUUUCCAAAAAGGGUAAGAAAGAAGGUAAAAAAACAAAGAAGAAGCCAAAGGAUGAAAAUGCUCCACGUCGUUAUUUAUCACCAUUCAUCUUUUUCUCAAAGGACCACAGAUCAGUAAUCAAAAACUCUCAUCCAAACUGUUCAUUUGGUGAAAUCGGUAGCUUAUUAGGUCAAGAAUGGGCUAAAAUCUCUGCAGAGGACAAAAAGAAAUACGAGAAAUUAGCCGCUGAAGAUAAGAAGAGAUGGGAACUCGAAAAGAAAAACUAUGAUGAAAAAUUAAAAACCCAAAGUCAAGCAGAAUCUUCAUCCGAUAGUUCUGAUGAAAGUGAUUAA